AUGGAGAGGAAAGUAGUUGAACAGGGUUCAAACCCACUGAAUGAUUCUGGGCAACUGCGGCAUCAUAUUCCAUACGACAUCAUCUUUGAUGUAUUAACAAGGCUUCCAGCUAAAAACCUGAUGCGAUUCAAAACUGUGUGUAAAUCAUGGAACUCCCUGAUUUGCGACCCAUAUUUUGCUGAUAUCCAUCAUACCGAUUCUCUGGCCCGCCGGCCUGAAUCCUCUUAUCUUCUAUUUCAUCUCGUCAGAGGUAGUGGUUUUUCGUUAAGACAUGCCAAAGCCAUUACCUGUGUUGAUGGCGCAAUAUUUUUCUUGAAUCAUGAAAUGGUUCUGCAAUAUUUCGAGGUUGGGGUGGAGGAGUUUAAGGUACUUCCGCUUCAUGAUGAUAUGCUAGAGUAUCAGUUUGAUUUUGUUUCCCAGACAGGCAUUGGAGGCAAACUCACAUUGGCAAGCUUCCGCAAUAGCAAUGGUAAUGGUCAGAGUUUCAUCACAUUGUGGACACUGACCAACCGGUCUGGGAUAAAUCUAUAAUUGAGCUGCCGAAAGAUUUUGAUGCCAGUGGAUACCUUCGCAGUUUCAGAACCUUUAUAAGUAAGCUUGUAAUAGAAAGUAAGCUUGCAGUAGCAAGUGAGCUUGUAAUAAGAUCAAAGAGAGGGCCGAUGAAUACGCGGCAUGCUUGGGAUAGUUUGAUCUUUUGUGAUUUGAAAGAAAAGAAUAAGUAUGAAACUGUUGGAAUGAUAUUUGAGGGUGAAGUUGCUGACUAGAGUUCCUCACCGUUCACAGACAUGUGGAGAACAUUCUUCCUGUGAAUCUCUCUAAGAUCAAGGCAGAAGAUUAGCAAAAGGUUGAUUAAGGUUAAAUAAUGUGAGAGGGAUUUAUUCUCAGAGAAGAUAGCAUAUUAUGAUGUUAAAUUAGAUGUUAAGGUUUUUUUUCUGGUUCAAUAAAAGUUACUCUGCUUGAGAGAUGAUGAUGUUCUGUCAUUUGUAUUACUACAAAGACACAUAACCAUAAUGCUCGUUACAUCUGGUGCAAAGGAAG